AUGGAGUCCACUAAAAACGAGCAUCAAUUUGUUCAUUAUCCUGAGGUCCGCGAAGGACCGUCCGUCCCCUACCAGAACGAGACACAAUCGAUUCCGGUCUUCCGCGGCACACCCUUGGCCAUCGGAGCUGCCAUCAUUCACUCUGUCGGAUUUGCUCAAAGCUUCUUCUGGCGCAAUGCAGGGUUUGACGUGAUUCGCGAAAUCCCUCAGCUGCGCGACUAUGCUCCUCGCUACGAUCCAACUGUGAUUCCGGUCGGUGACUCGAAGCGUGCAGCUACAGAGGAGCUUCCACCAUCGCCAGCAAGCAGAAAGGGUUCUGCAAACUACUACACUUCUGCGGACUACCAUGCGCUGUACAGGUCCGGGAAACUGACUCCGACUGCUGUCGUAGAGGCACUGCUACCCCUGAUCCGGCGUGAUGUUCGACACCCCGGGAAGCACUCGGUCGCCUUUGUGGAGUCGCAGGUAGAGCGGGUUCUCGCCGCGGCGGAAGCUUCGACUCAGAGAUUCAAGCAAGGUCAGCCCCUGGGGCCUCUUGACGGGGUGCCGGUCGCGGUCAAAGAUGAGGUGCAUGUCGAAGGGUACCGACGCAACCUCGGGAGCAACCUAGACUUCAAGGGAGGGUUUGAGGGCACCUCUUGGUGCGUGCAGAAGUGGGAGGAAGCUGGUGCUAUCAUCAUCGGGAAAACUACCAUGCAUGAGCUUGGUCUGGACACCACGAACAACAACCCGAACUACGGGACACCCAGAAACCCGCACAACCAGGGCUACUACUGCGGUGGCUCCUCAGGGGGGUCUGGUUAUGCGGUCGGAGCAGGCCUCGUGCCCAUCGCGCUCGGCGCGGACGGCGGAGGCUCAAUCCGCAUUCCCUCUUCCUUUUGCGGGAUCUGGGGCCUGAAACCCACACAUAAUCGCGUCAGCGGCUUCCCAACAGCUUCACUGGCUCCAACAGUCGGUGUCUACGGACCGAUGGCAGCCAGCAUUGAUGACCUAGCGCUGGCCUACCGCCUCAUGGCGGCGCCCCCGCCCGCAGCCGAAGACCCCGUCUCCGCCGCCUUCCCAGACCCCAUGUCGAGCAUCUCAUCUGCGCCUCAAGGACCCCGGAGCAAGACCAUUGGCAUCGUUCCCUCCUGGAUCGACCGCGCCGAGCCACCCGUCCGAGCCGUCUUCGAUGCCGCCCUCGACUUCUACCGCAAGCAAGGCUACACCAUCGUCGACAUCGCCAUCCCCUACCUCCCCGAGGGGCAGCGCGCACACGUGCUAACGAUCAUGGCCGAGAUCGCCUCGGGCCUGAAACCCGCGCAGAUCGGCGCCCUCACAGCCCCCAACAAGGUCCUCGUCAGCAUGGGCAUGUGGCAGAUCACCGCACAGGAUCUCAUCGCCGCCCAGCGCCUCCGCAACCUCCUCAUGUCCCACCUCGCCCACCUCUUCCGCCAACACCCCGGUCUACUCAUUCUGACCCCGACAUCUCCCAUCCCCGGCUGGAGGAUCGAAAGCGAAACGGACCUUGCCCGCGGCGUGUCCGACGGUAAAGCCUCCGUCCGGAAUAUGGAGUAUGUCUGGCUGGCGAAUUUCAGUGGGUGUCCAGCCAUCAGUUGCCCCGCCGGGUACUCCAGUGGCGAUAAAGGGGGCCGUGUCCCCGUAGGUGUAAUGGCUAUGGGUGAAUGGGGAACGGAAGAAGACCUCAUUGCUUUCGCAAGGGACGGAGAGGCGAUCUUGGAUCUCCCUGGGAACCAGCCAUCGAAAUCCGACCGGCCGGAUGGAGAGUCCACUGGCUUGAGGAUUCCAGAUGGUGACUGCUGUCUAUGGGAGGAUGUCAUUGCCAAAGCUACCGCAGAAGGCUCCUCGUGA